UCUGUAGAAUUAUCAUUGCAUGUUUUUUGGCCCAAUCUCGUUUCUUCUCCAUCUCUUUAUUCCCCCAAAACCGUUUCAUCAAUAUGUCAGAAGACGCUCCUGGCGACCUCUUCAAAUCCUUCAGUAUCAUCAUCGCCGUUGUGUCGGUUCUGAGCAUCUUGGCAACCGUCGCCAUAGUCUACUUCGUUUGCAGAUACUUCAAGAAGAACGGCUUCCCCGCAAUCAAUAUCAACACGAGCGCCCCGCCGGCAGCCGCGGCGAGUACGGCGCUGUACGCCGUGGUUCCGGACUCGCAGAUAAGAGAGGCCACCGUCGAGAGGUUCCUCAACGUGAUCGCCGGCGAGAAGCCCAUCCGGUUCACCCCGCAGCAGCUCUCCGGCUUCACCAACAACUACUCGGUUCGGCUCGGAGCCGGUGGGUUCGGUGCCGUCUACAAGGGCAUGCUCCCCAACGGGCUCAUGGUCGCCGUCAAGCGUCUCCACGCCGGCAACGACGACAGGACCUCGCAGGAGCAAUUCAUGGCGGAGGUGGGAACCAUCGGGAGGACGCACCACAUAAACCUCGUCAGGCUCUUCGGCUUCUGCUACGACGCCGAGGUGCGAGCGCUGGUGUACGAGUACAUGGAGCACGGCGCGCUCGACUCCUACCUGUUCGACCGGAGCCGCCAUCACAUGGUCGGCUUCACCACGCUGCACGCCAUGGCCGUCGGCAUCGCGAGGGGGCUCCGGUACCUCCACGAGGAGUGCCAGCAGAAGAUCGUGCACUACGACAUCAAGCCCGGCAACGUGCUCCUCGACGGCGGCCUCACCCCGAAGGUGGCCGACUUCGGCCUCGCGCGGCUGCUGAACCGGGCGGACACGCACAUGACCGUCUCCGGGAUGCGCGGCACACCCGGGUACGCGGCGCCGGAGAUGUGGAUGCAGGCCGGCGCCACCGAGAAGUUCGACGUCUACAGCUUCGGCAUCCUCCUGUUCGAGAUCCUCGGCCGGAGGAGGAAUUUCGACGACGCCGCGCCGGAGAGCCAGCAGUGGUUCCCCAAGGUGGCGUGGACAAAGUACGAGAGCGGCGUGCUUACUGAGAUCGUGGAGGGUUGUGACGGCGAGGACGGUCAGGAUAAAUUAGAGACGGUGGAGAGGAUGUGCAAGGUGGCCUUCUGGUGCGUGCAGCAACAGCCGGAGACGAGGCCGCCAAUGGGCCUGGUGGUGAAGAUGCUCGAAGGAGAGAUGGACAUUGCUCCGCCGGAAAACCCGUUCCAGCAUCUCAUGGCAGCGCCGAUGGCGGCAAACCGGUGGACUUCCGGGACGAGCAGCGCAAACACGGUCUCAACAUCGGCAAAUAGUGUUUCUCAAGGUAGCCUAGAUAUCGUCUAGCAUUCACGCUUUACAACUGGCUCAAUCUUCUUUUCGAAAAGAAAUGGUUGGCAAUAUUGAAGAGCGUCA